AUGGGAUUUUGGAAUGAUGUACGAGAUCGGAUCAAAAGUUGGAAAAUUACAGUGGAACCGUUGAUGUUCAUAUUGGCAGCAUGCAACACCGCAGUCGGAAUUGUGUCCCCCGCUCUGAAAGAAGGAAAAAUGAAACGAUAUUAUCCAGCUCCGCCAGACAUCCAUGGAAAAGAUCUUGACAAAUAUUAUAAUAAAAAAAUGGUGAUGUGGGACAAUUACUAUGAAUACGUGAACCUGCCAAUCGCUUGCAUCUUUGGAAUUAUUUAUGGAGGAUAUAGUGAUCAUCGCGGAAGGAAAUAUCCCAUGCUCAUUGGAAUUCUUAGUGUGUUGGUGUCGAAUGCGAUGAAUCUUCUGAUGUGGGAUGAAAACACAGAUUGGUCAUUAAACUGGACAUAUCCUACAGCAGUGAUCACUGGAUUUCUAGGAGAUUUUCUACUGACAAUGAGUUGUAUCAACGCAUACAUUGCCGAUGAAUUCCCAGACAAAAUAACGUUAUCUUAUCGAAUGGUCGUUGUGUCGAUUUUAUUCAGUUUGGGCUCAUUUGUUGCGUCUCGAUUUGUCAAAGAUUUGGUAAAAUGGACUUCGAAGCCCACUGUCAUGAUUAUUGCGGAAGGAGGAUACUUGUUAACUUUUCUGGUAUCUCUGUUGGUUUUAGAACAGAAGAAACCAGUCCCAAAAGAUAGUUUGCUGAAAGAAAACGAUACCAUAUCUACAAUUGAGAGUGCUGAAAACCAGAGUCUUGCCUCUGCCCCAAUACCAAUUGUGACGGAGAAACAAUCUGUAAUAGAAAUAAUCAAAAUUUCCUUCGUUUCCCUCUACGAUGCCGCCAAGAUUUUUGUGCUCCCCAGAGCUGGACACCGUCGACUGUUCCUUUAUCUUUGUUUUGCUGCCAACUUCCUGGAUCAGUUUGUAUGGGGAGAAGAAAAAGGACUCUUGGGUACAUAUGUAAGAUUACCUCCAUUCAAGUGGGAUACUAACACUUAUGCAGACUACAAAUCAUGGAGACCCAUCGUCCAAAUUGUGGGUAUGGCUGUUGGAAUGUUGUUUUUCAAACGCAUUUGUCAUUUCCGUGACACCUUCAUAAUCUCUCUCGCCAUUUUGAGCAUGGCUGGCUGUGUGCUCAUGAUUGGAUUGGCUCAGGCCUCGUGGAUGAUAUUUGCAAGUUUAGCACCUGGAAGUCUUCACGGAUUGCUCAACCCAAUGUCAUAUACAUUUAUGGCAUGUAUAGUAGAGCCGGAUGAGGGUUUCGUUUGGCUUCUCAUGGCCGCCAUCAGCUUUGUCGCCGUCGGCAUUUAUCUUAUUGUGCAUGUCAUGGCGAAACGGGAGAACGUCGGAUCCUAA